AUGUCAAAAAGUUCUUCUGAUGAUGAAUCAUUCACUCAAGAUCAACAUAGAUUUCAUAUUCAACUACCUCAAAGACAAAUAAACUUACAGCAGAUUCGAAAACAAAACAGUAAAAAGACUCAACCUUCAAAUCUUGCAAAAAAGGCAACUUCAAAUUUUGUAAAGGCUACUAAAAUCAAGUCAAGCAAACAACAAUAUCCUGAUUCUUAUACACCUAAAGAUCCCAAGGCUUCAGUUUCAAGUUCAAGACAUAAUUCAACUUCUGAAUCAAGUGAUGAUGGCGAAAACGAUAGUGAUUCAAUUUUUAGACAACACAUAAAUAUAGAUAAACAAUCAAAUUUACCACAAUUUAAAUUUACAGAAGGUGAUUUUCAAAAAAAUACAAGAUUUGAUGAUGAGAGUGAAUCGGAAGGUUCUGAUGAAGAUUUACAAGAAGAAUAUAAUCCAGCUCCUGAAUUUUAUCAAUAUGAUUCCUCAGAUGAAGAUGAAGAAGAAGAAGAAAAUAAUAAUGAACCAGAAGUUCCAAUAGAGAGAAAACAAUCACAUAAAUCAGUUAAAUCCACUAAUUCUAGAAAAUCAAGUACUAGUUUAUCACAUUUGCCACCUCCACAAAGACACGAGACUAAUAAAUCGACAGAAUCAAAUAAAUCAAAAGAUUCUGGCGUUUUAAAAGGAAUAUUACGUAAAAUGUCAUUAGCUGAUAGAUCACCAAUAGAUGAAUUAAAUCAAGAUAUGUCACAUAGUGAUACUUUUUUAGGUAGAGUAUUACAAUUUGGUUCACAAUCUCAACAAGGUGGAUUAUCGGGUGGUGGUUUAGUACCUGGAGCUACAAAAUGUUCAGAUUCAAUUCCUGAAGAAGAUGAAGAAAAGAAAGUUGGAUUUGCAAUUAAUGAAAAUGAUAGAGAUAUUGAAAUGAAACCUAUAAAUUAUGAUGAUUUAAGUGAAGAAGCAAAACAAUUAAUACAUCAACAUAUUCCAGAUUUACAUUCACGAGCCAGCUCAGCUACUAAUUCAAAUACAGUAACUCCGAAUAUUUCAACUGAUGAUUUAUUGAAAAAGAGAGAAGAAGAUAUUAAUGAAAAGCAAACUUCAACUGCUUCAUCAGCUGAAAAUCCAUUUUAUACACCUAAUCCUGAUUUAUAUCUCCGUGGUGGUCAUGGUGAAAACAAUGAAAAUGAAAAUGAAAAUCAUCCUCCUUAUGAAGCACCAACUGAUUUUUUACAAGAUUUAGAUGGUGAUUAUAUAGCACCUCCAAAACAAGUACAAGCUGGUGUUUUAUCUUCAUUAUUAAGAUUAUAUCAAAAUCCACAAGAUAAUAAAAGUGCAAGUUCAUUAAGUCGACAACUGACAAAUUUUACAUCUGAUGGAGAAAGUUAUGAAUCAGAUUCAGAUAGGAAAUCAUAUGCUAGUGAGUUCAAGAAAAUUAAAUCUGGAGUCAAGGGUGUCCAAAAAGCACCUGGUAAAAUGUAUAAUAAAGUAAAAGGAAAUUUCAAACAUGAUAAAAAUACACCACAACAUGAUCUUGAUUCAGAUAAUGAUGGUGAAAUACCACCACCUAUGGAUUCCAAUCUUCCUAGUUUUCAAAAUGCAAAACCAAAAGUCCCCAAAAAGAAACCAACAGAUAUAAAAUUGAAAAAAUUAAAACAUAGUAAAAGAAAAGCUGAAAGAUUAAGAAUUACAGUUCAUAUUGCUGAUAUUUUACAACGUCAAAAAUUUAUAAUGAAUAUGUGUAGAGCACUAAUGCUAUUUGGAGCACCAACGCAUAGAUUGGAAGAAUAUAUGAUUAUGACUUCACGAGUUCUAGAAAUUGAUGGUCAAUUUAUGUAUUUUCCAGGUUGUAUGUUGGUUAGUUUCGGUGAUGCUGCAACUAGAACUUCAGAAGUUCAUUUAGUUAGAUGUGCUCAAGGAUUAAAUUUGUCAAAGUUGGCAGAUACUCAUAAGAUUUAUAAAGCUGUUAUUCAUGAUUUAAUUGGUGUUGAAGAUGCUAGUAAGAAAUUAGAUGAAUUAUUAAAAUCAAAGAAUUUAUAUCCUCCUUGGUUAUGUGUUUUAUUUUAUGGUAUUGGUUCUUUGGCAGUUACUCCAUUUGCUUUUGAAGGUGGUUGGAUUGAUUUACCUAUUAGUUUUGGAGUUGGAUUAUGUGUUGGUUAUUUACAAUUUUAUGUUUCUUCAAUGUCAAAUUUAUAUAGUUCAGUUUUUGAAGUUUCUGCUGCUAUUGUUGUUGCUUUUAUAAGUAGAGGAAUUGGAUCAAUUAGACUGGGGAAUUUAUUUUGCUUUUCAGCAAUUACUCAAGGUAGUUUAGCUUUGAUUUUACCUGGUUAUAUAAUUUUAUGUGGUUCAUUAGAAUUACAAUCACGUAAUUUAGUAGCUGGUUCAGUUCGUAUGUUUUAUGCAAUUAUUUAUUCAUUAUUUCUUGGGUUUGGAAUUACCCUUGGUUCUGCAUUGUAUGGUUGGGUAGAUCAUAAUGCAACAUCACAAAAUUCAUGUCAACUGGGACAUUCAAUGAAUGAUAAAUUCAGAAUUUUAUUUGUUCCAAUGUUUGCUACAAUGUUGGGAUUAAUUAAUCAAGCAAGAUGGAAACAAUUACCAAUGAUGAUUUUCAUUGCUUCAGUAGGUUAUAUUGGUACAUAUUUUGCUGGUAAACAUUUUUCAAAUGUAACUGAAUUUACUGCAUGUAUUGGUGCUUUUAUAGUUGGAAUUUUAGGAAAUUUAUAUUCAAGAAUUUGGAAAGGUAUGGCUGUUUCGGCUAUGUUACCUGCUAUUUUUGUACAAGUUCCAUCUGGUAUUGCUUCAAAAUCUACAUUGAUUUCAGGGAUUGCAACAGCUGAUCAAAUUACAAGCAGGAAUGGGACAACAACAACAACAGAUGCUAAUGAUAAAACAUCGAGUUUAUCAUUUGGUGCAACGAUGGUUGAAGUUUCAAUUGGUAUUUCUGUUGGAUUAUUUGCUGCUGCUUUAGUUGUUUAUCCAUUUGGUAAGAAAAGAACAGGUUUAUUUACAUUAUAG